AUGAAUCAGGGAAACUUUCUUGAACUUUUACACUAUACAGCUGAGCAAAAUGAAGAAUAUAGAUUAGUAGCAUUGGAGACUGCUCCUGGACAUGAUAAAUUGAUUGCUCCUAAUACGAUUUCUUUGUCACUAAAGAUGGGAAUCGAAACAUUGUUCUCUAAAUAUAAUUUGAGCAUAUCAAGAUUACGUGGACAAGAUUAUGAUGGUGCAAGUAAUAUGCGAGCACUUGUAGCUGUGGCAAAAGAGGAUACAAAUAUUGAGAGACUUUUUUUGAAAGUUUCUUGUGUGAUAAAUAUUAUUGGAUGGUCACCUAGACAUCAGGAUCUUCUUAAUGACAAACAAGUUUUGAAGGUGAAAAAAGGAAUUGAAAGUGGUGAGCUUUCAACAGGGCAAGGCCUUAAUCAAGAUAUUAGUCUUAAGCGGCCAAGGGAAACACGGUGGGGUUCAAAUUAUGGGACUUUAUUGAGCUUGAUUAAUUUGUUUUCAUCUGUUAUUGAAGUGCUUGAGGAUCUUACUGAAAAUUCUGAUAAUAGAGUUGAAGCAAGUGAUUUGGUGGAUUAUAUGACUUCUUUUGAUUUUGCUUUUAACCUACACAUGAUGAAAAUCAUUUUGGGAAUCACAUUUGAACUUUCACAAGCAUUGCAAAGGAAGGAUCAAAAUAUUAUAAAUGUUAUGUCUUUGGUUCACUUGUUGAAAAGAAGAUUAUUGUUGAUAAGAAAUAAUGGAUGGGAUAAUCUACUUGAUGAAGUUUCUUAUUUUUGCAUUGCUUAUAAUAUAAAUGUGCCAAAUAUGUAA